UUCCGGUGAAGGGGUGCUCAGCUUGCUCGGGAGUCCGGAGCUUGAGUUUAGCGUCGCAGAAGGGCUCCAGCUUUCGACAGUUUGGGAUAGGUAUGAGUGAUUUCAGUGAAGAAUUGAUAAAGUCCACAACAGAGGAUGACCAGGGGGAAAGGUGUGAGCUCUCUGGAACAGGAAUGCAUUUUCCUUGGCUCCAAAAGCAUAUAGAAACUGUGGCGACUGGAGGGAAAAAGGAGAAGGAUUUUGCGCAGACGACAAGUGCUUGUUUAAGUUUUAUCCAGGAAGCUCUGCUGAAGCACCGGUGGCAGCAGGCUGCGGAAUACAUGCACAGCUAUUUGCAGGUCUUGGAAGAUUCGGACAGCUGCAAGAGGCAGGCCGCCCCGGAGAUUAUUUGGAAGCUUGGGAGUGAAAUUCUGUAUUAUCACCCUAAAAGCAACGUGGAGGCGUUCAAUACCUUUGCUGACCGGAUGAAAAAUAUUGGCGUCAUGAAUUACUUAAAGGUGAGCUUGUGGGCUUUGUGAAUUUACAUUUGCAGGGGUCAUUUUUAUAAGUUGUUCGUCUCUGUGAUAAGGUAGGUAAUGAUGUAAAAAGCAUGGAAAAAGGGUGAGACACCUGGAUGCAUAAGAGAAGCCGAAAGAAAGCAGCGUUAUGAGAACUGUUUACUUCUCCGUGUCCUGUCGCCUACCCUGUUCUCUGAGAGCAGAUACCUUCUCUUUGUAUAGCUCUGGCUGCCGAAACCAGGCUUCCAGAGAUGGCAGCUGUUCCUCAUUAGGAUGAUGGGCC